UUAAAUAAAUGAGUUUUCUUUUCGAUUUAAUAAAAACAUUUAUAAAUAAAAUGUUGGCAAUUUUGUCAUUCGGGAAGAAAACCAUUACCAACACUUUGAAUAUAUAUGUUAAGACUAACACUGGAAAGACAUUGUCAGUGAAUUUGGAACCGCAGUGGGACAUAAAAAAUGUGAAAGAAAUUGUUGCUCCCCAGUUGGGAUUACAGCCUGAGGAAGUUAAAAUUAUAUUUGCUGGGAAAGAAUUAAGCGACGCUACGACUAUUAAGGAGUGUGAUUUGGGUCAACAAAGUAUACUACAUGCAAUACGUACUCGACCGGUGAAAGAAAGGAAACGGUUGCAGUCCACCGUGGCGGAAGAAGAGCCCGAAGAACAACCAUCAAAGCCACUGUGCGAAACAUUGGUCGAUUUGCAAUUACUUUCUGAAGAAAGAAGUAAUAUUAGCGAGGAUGAUCGCGAGCGCACAAAAGCUCAUUUCUUCGUACAUUGUUCUCAAUGUGGUAAAUUGUGUAGGGGGAAAUUACGUGUUCGCUGUUCCAUAUGCAAAGGAGGUGCAUUUACCGUACAUAGGGAUCCAGAAUGUUGGGAUGAUGUUCUAAAAUCUCGACGAAUUCGAGGUCAUUGCGAAUCUUUGGAAAUUGCCUGUGUCGAUAACCAAGGCGGCGAUCCACCUUUUGCUGAAUUUUAUUUUAAAUGUGCUGAACAUGUUUCCGGUGGAGAAAAAGAUUUUGCCGCACCCUUAAAUUUAAUCAAAAACAACAUAAACGACGUACCUUGCUUAGCAUGUACCGAUGUAAGUGAUACUGUUUUAGUAUUUCCGUGUGAAUCUAAGCACGUAACAUGCAUCGAAUGUUUUCUUCACUACAUCCGCUCACGCCUAAUGGAGCGGCAAUUCAUGCCUCAUCCGGAAAUUGGAUAUACAUUGUCUUGCCCUGCCGGAUGUCAAAACUCGUUUAUUGAAGAAAUACAUCAUUUUAAGUUGUUGACCAGAGAUGAAUAUGACAGAUAUCAAAGAUUCGCAACCGAAGAAUAUGUUCUGCAAGCAGGUGGAGUACUAUGCCCGCAACCGGGGUGUGGAAUGGGCCUAUUGGUGGAGCCGGACUGUACAAAAGUAACAUGUCAAAAUGGUUGCGGAUACGUUUUUUGUCGUAAUUGUCUACAAGGAUAUCAUUUAGGAGAAUGUUUACCGGAAAACGAAACCAAUAAUAACACUGGAAAUUGUGAAUAUACUGUAGAUCCAAAUCGUGCUGCUGAAGCUCGAUGGGAUGAAGCGAGUAACGUUACAAUUAAAGUUUCAACAAAACCGUGUCCUAAAUGCCGAACUCCAACAGAAAGGGACGGCGGAUGCAUGCAUAUGGUUUGUACCCGCUCUGGAUGUGGAUUUGAAUGGUGUUGGGUAUGUCAAACGGAGUGGACAAGAGAUUGUAUGGGAGCCCACUGGUUUGGUUAAUAUGUCAAUCAAUUUA